AUGCGGCGGACAGAGCCCGCUGGGGGGGGCCCCCGCGGCCGCCAGGGCCCCCUGCUGCCGCGCUUGCUGCUGCCGCUGCUGCUGCUGCUCUGCUGCAGCAGCAGCUUGCUGCUGCCCGUCGCCGCCGACUUGCCUAUUCAUGCAACAAUUAAAGACAUGAAGGGCCACUGGACCUUUUUGCUCACCCCUCCAGUGACGGGAGCCAUUCAAUCUUGUGGCUCGGGGGCCCCCAACAAAAACACAGAAAAUCUGGAGGCCCCUGUUGCGGACUCGAGGACUUACUUGAGUCGACACGGAGGUGUAUCGACAGCUCUGGAGCUGGAACUGAGCGACGAAACUGUUCCUCUUAAUUGGGUUUAUGACACAAAAGAUAAUUUGCAUCGAAAUGAAUGGAAAAUGUUGGCAGUAAAGGACAAAGAAAAGAAAGUUGUGGGGGGCUGGACUGCGGUGUACGACGAGGGAUUCGAAGUACACCUCACAAACAAAACUCGACUUUUCGCCAUUUUAAAAUAUUCUGUAAAACAAAAUUGUCCAGAGGCAAAAGAUGGAGAUCUUGAAGACUCUAAUGGAGAGACAGUUUGCUAUUCUACAGAUCCUUCUAAAACUCAAUUAGGGUGGUACUCUUCAACUGCAGCAGAUGGCUCUGUUGCUUCUGGAUGUUUUUUCGGGGAAAAAGAAGAAAAAGAUUCUGCUGCUGCUGCUGCUGCCUUUGUGGUCUUGCACCAAAGAGCAGCAGCAGCGCAGCAGCAGGAAGCAGCAGCAGCAGCAGCAGGGGGAGCGCAGGAGCUGAGCUACUUUCUCAGCGAAGACUUCGUGCUGCAGCACAACAGCAAAAAGAGUUCUUGGAUUGCUGCAGUCAAUUCUUCUUUUGCAAAUCAAAAUAAAAACUUUCUCAAUUCACUUUUGAAACAAUUCCAAUCUUCUCCCCGCCUCCUGGGCAGCAGCGAAGGGGGUCCUGUGUUUCUGGAGGAAGCUGCAGAAGAUGCUGCUUCUACCCAAGCUUUUGCAUGCCCUUGUAAAGAAGGCGAAAAGGCCCUCGACACCCGCAGCAAAUCUGCUGCUGCUGCUGCUGCUGUUUUAUCCCCCGUCAGCUUGGCCCAAGAAGAAAGCAAAGCAAAGACCAAAACCGUGCCCGUCAAAGCCCACUCCCAGCAGCAGCAGCAGCAGCAGGAGGAGCAGCAGCAGCAGCAGCUGCAGCAGAUGCAGCAGCAGCAGGAAGCAGCAGUGAAGCUGUCGCCUCAGUCUGUUUUGUCUUGUUCAUUUUAUAAUCAAGGGUGCCACGGAGGCCUUCCGUACUUAGUCGGAAAACAUGCUACUGAAAUAGGCAUCUUAGACGAACAGUGCAUGCCGUACACGGCAAUGGACUUGUCUUCUUGUCCCGUCUUAAAUCGAAAUAAAAACGAAAAAGAUUUUCUAAAAAGUGAAAAAGAUUUUCUAAAAGGUGAAAUUAACGGAAGUGGAGAAGACAGCAGUUCAAAUGCAGCUUUUCUGCUUUCGGGGGAGGCCACGGGCACUUGCCAUCAAGGGGAGAACAGAUGGUUCGCCAAAGGCUACGGCUACGUGGGGGGCUGCUACGAGUGUCUGUCUUGUUCUGCAGAACAGAAAAUAAUGAAAGAAAUUAUGACCAAUGGUCCAGUAGCUGCAGCUCUUGACGCGCCUCCUUCUUUGUUUGCCUACAGUUCAGGUGUAUAUACAACUCGGGGGGCCCCACACGCCCGCGUCUGCGACUUGCCCGGUGCCCCAUCUUUCCUCCCCACCAGCAGCAGCAGCAGCAGCAGCAGCAGCGGCAGCGCGCUGAGCGGGUGGGAGUACACGAACCACGCAGUGACGAUUGUGGGGUGGGGGGAGACGGGAUCGGGAUCGGGAUCGGAUCCCCAGAAGUAUUGGAUCGUGCGCAACACUUGGGGCCCCCAGUGGGGACUUAAAGGAUUUUUUCUUUUGGAAAGAGGAAACAAUUCCGGAGGCAUUGAAAACCAAACUUCCUUCAUUGACCCCGACCUCACUCGCGGCAAGGGGCUCGCCCUCGCCUCCGCUUCCAACCAGCUAGCUAGCUAG